UUCAUCCUCUGUUGCUGUGCGGAGUUCGGCUCUGCCACAGCAGGAGCAGCAGCAUCGCGGAUGAGAAGCCAGCAACAGAUGCUGCACUCCAAGACUCGAGUCUGUAUUCAGAAAGCGGCCGGCCCUGACAAGGGAAAAGAUCAGAAGAAGGGAAAGAAGGGGGGAGGGAGAGGGGGGAAAAACCCCAAAGAAAUCUGAGCCCAAAGAGACAAACAGUCCUAGCUAUUCAUCCUCCACAAUAAAGGAGAGAAUUCCUUCCCCCAGCUUUCGCAGUCUUCAGGGGUCUGCAGCGUGCUGGUUUCUUUUCAGCCAUGUCAGACCAAGGAGUCAACGGGGUGAUGGAUGAGGAGAGAAAAAUGACCUCCUGUGAUGGAAGAGAAGACGGCUCAUUGGGACCAGUGGCGGAGAGAAACGAAGGGAGAGUUGGACAAUACCGGCAAGAAAUUGUCUGGAGGAAUGUCAUUCUAAUGACCCUGCUCCAUGUCGGGGCUGUGUAUUCGCUGUCCCUCAUUCCUAAGGCCCAUCUGCUUACUCUGGUCUGGGCGUAUUUGUGUUUCGUCAUGACGGCCUUGGGGGUGACGGCCGGUGCCCACCGCCUGUGGAGUCACCGAUCCUACAAAGCCAAGCUGCCUUUGCGGAUAUUCCUGGCUGCAGCCAAUUCUAUGGCAUUUCAGAAUGAUAUCUUUGAAUGGUGCCGGGACCAUCGAGUGCAUCACAAGUACUCGGAGACAGAUGCCGACCCCCACAAUGCCCAGCGUGGCUUCUUUUUCUCCCACAUUGGCUGGCUGUUUGUCCGGAAGCAUCGAGAUGUCAUCGAGAAAGGAAGGAAGUUGGACUUCAGUGACCUCCUGGAUGACCCUGUUGUGCGGUUUCAAAGAAAGUACUAUAAAGUUUCAGUAGUGCUGAUGUGUUUUGUCAUUCCUACUCUUGUGCCUUGGUACUUCUGGGGGGAGAGCUUGUGGAAUUCAUACUUUCUUGCAUCAAUUCUCCGCUAUACCAUUUCUCUCAAUGUUGCUUGGCUGGUCAACAGUGCUGCUCACAUGUAUGGUAAUCGGCCAUAUGACAAGAACAUCAACCCACGGCAGAAUGCAUUGGUCAGUCUAGGAGCCAUUGGUGAAGGCUUUCACAAUUACCACCACACCUUCCCAUUUGAUUAUUCAGCUAGUGAGCUUGGCUUGAAAUUCAACCCAACCACGUGGUUCAUUGACUUUAUGUUUUGGCUGGGUCUGGUCACUGACCGAAAGCAUGCUCCCAGAGAGAUGAUCCACGCUCGCAAAGAGAGGACUGGAGACGGUAGUUCUUGAGAAACAAAACUAGUCUCUGAACAUUGAUGCUGCUGUAUGCGUUGUUUGUAUGUUUCUUCAUUGGGGUUCUCCUCCUUAGCCCCCCAACUGCCCCGCCCUUUAGGAUGGAAGUAGUCUCUUUUCAUCUAAUAUAGAACAAAUUAAUUCCUGGAUUAAUUCAAUUUUAUUUUAAUGCAAUAGUUUUCAGACUUUCUGCUUUCAGGGAGCACUCUCCACCUCAACUCAUCUUCCAAGGGUGAGUUCAUGUUACAGAGUGUUUUGGAGCAUGUCCUAGAGUACGGGUUCUUAAAAAUUGGGGUCCCUAGUUGAUGUUAAGAACAUAAGAACAGCCCUGCUGGAUCAGGUCCACGGCCCAUGUAGUCCAGUAUCCUGUUUCACACAGUGGCCCACCAGAUGCCCCUGGGAAGCCCACAAGCAAGAGCUGAGGACAUGCCCUCUCUCCUGCUGUUACUCCCCUGCAACUGGUACUUAGAGGCAUCCUUCCUCUGAGACUGUUGGAUAACAAUUCCCAUUGUCCUCAGCCACAAUGGCCUUUGGGAUGCUAGGAGUUGUCAUCCAGCAACAUCUGGGGACCAGGCAGUGUUCCCUUUAAAGGGAUAUCCAGAUGUUGUUGACAAUGACUCUCGUCAUCCCCAGUUGCAAUGGCCUUUGGCUGGGGAUUAUGGGAGUUGUAGUCAAUAACAUCAGGGAAUCCCUGUUACAGGGAACACUCCUGGGGACCCAAGGUUGUGAACCUCUGCACUAAAGAGUACACAUUGAGCUUCUCCAUUGCUCCCUGUGGAUGGAGUGGGUUCUAGAUACACCCAAUACUCUCUGCAGCCAUGCAUUGCAGACGGAAAUUGGCAGUGGUGAUCACAAUUUGCUUUAGGAUAGCUGUUGCUGAUCUUCUCAUAGAGGAACACCUGAUAAGCUUGUAAGGAACUUCAGGUUUCCCCAGAGCAGUUUGAAAACCACUGCUUUGAUGGAAUUAAAUCACAGAUGGAUGUAGCCUAAUUUCUUAGCUGUCUUAAGUACAGUGUUCCAUCAGAAGGUUACGUAUUAUUUAAUAUUAGAAUUAAAUGUAUUAGGUCUUUUGACUUGAAGGAUUCAUUAUGAUUACGUCCAAUGAAUUAAGUAUGGUCGCACAUGUGGCAGGGUGAAGGAACUAACUUUAAAAGUAUAGUUCAAGCAACUGAAUUGUUUCAUUUAAUGCAGCUAAAUAUAGCAUUUUUCUGUGCCCCAAUCUAGCGGAUCCUGGUCACAGUUGCACACACGGCACUCAUAAAGUGAGAGAAGCUUUCCUAGUCAUUUCCUUACACACAGAGCCUUGCACACACAAAGAAUGGGUGUGGAGCUGCAUCUCUAUUGAAGGAAAUGAGGAAGCCCCUCACAGGUAGAACUCACAGAUUUCUGGAGGGGGAACCUAAAGUGGAUUUCUGUGCAGCAGGUGGGAAAGGAGAGGCACUAAUAUACAAUUAACCAAACAAAUCAAUCAUGGAAAGAAAGAAAGCAUAUACAAAUAUGACAAAUAUUUAUAUACCACUUUUCAAUAAAAGUUCCCCAAGCAGCUUACACAGCUAUCAAAUAAAUAAAUAAAUAAAUAAAUAAAUAAAUAAAUAAAUAAAUAAAUAAAUAAAUAAAUAAAUAAAUAAGGCUCCCUGUCCCCAAAGGGCUUACAGUCUAAAAAAGAAACAUAAGAAAGACACCAACAGCAGCCACUGGAGGGAUGCUGUGCUGGGGAUGGAUAGAGCCAGUUGCUCUCCCCCUGCUCAAUAAAGAGAAUCACCACUUUUAAAAGGUACCUCUUGGCUCAGUUAGCAGGGGACAUCUAUUCUUGUUUCCCCAAUUCUUUGGACCACGUCUCAGUGUUUCGCUGUCAACCAUCAACAUUUCUUACACACCACUACCAGUUCCUAGCUCUUGGCAUCUGAAUUCCCUGUGCCUGGGAAAUCCAAAAUGGUGGUUGUGGUCCAUUCCAACGAAUGUUAUGUCAAAGGGUGAGACAUGCGCCCCAAGUCUGUCAGGGUGGAGCAGCCUCCAUGCUGAAGUCUGCCUUAGAGACACAACUCAGAUCUGACCCCUGAUUUCCAGGACACUUGCUAGGGUAUUGAGAAUUGAAUAACCACUGUCUUCUCUGUUUUGAGCCAAGUUCUAGCUUGCUGGAAUAAUGGUUUGAAAAGAGGCUGAGGACUAGCCAACCAAUGUUCUGGCAAAAAGAGAGGUUUCUUCUUCAGCUGUUCCCUUGGGACAGGGGUUCCCAACCUUGGGAUCCCAACAUGCUCAGUUGCAAUGGCCUUUGGCCAUUCUGGUUAGGGAUGAUAAGGAAAGAGUUCAGCAGCAUCUGGGGAACCAAGGUUUGAAACCCCUGCCUUAGGAUAGUGGGUUAAGGUGGCUGCUGUUUGACCCCCUGGUUGCUGUGAGUGCCCUCUAUUCUUGGCCACACUUGAAUCUCCACUUCUCUUCCCCUGUCCCCACCCCUCUUAGGGGAGACUGAGAACUCCCCUAAGACUGAGAACUCUGUUGUGUGCAGAGACACAACAACGACAACAAAUAUAUAUAUACCUCUUUUCAACAAAGGUUUCCAAAGUAGUUUACAUUGAGAAAUAAUAAAUAAAUAAGAUGGAUCCCUGUCCCAAAGGUCUCACAAUCUAAAAAGAAAUGUAAGAUAGACACCAGCAACAGUCACUGGAGGUACUGUGCUGGGGGUGGACAGGGCCAGUUACUCUCCCUCUGCUAAAUAAAGAGAAUCACCAUGUUAAAAAAGAUGCCUCUUUGCCCAGUUAGCAUGUAGAUUGUAUGGUUAGACACCAUACAAUCUACAGUGGCUAAAGCCUCACAGAGAGAAAAAGACAUUUUUAAACGAUUCUGAAGCUGAACUGAAACGUCAUCAGUGUUGAAAUUGAAGGAGGGAAGGAGAGAUUGCCCCUUGUUGCAAGACCAAUACUCCUCUUGAUUUUAUUUUUUUACUUUUUUGCUUUGUGUUGUUGAAUAUGCAAUUAAUUUAUUGAAGAGCAGGUACUUGAAUUAACAUCUAUAUGCUUUGUGGGCCAAAAAAUAAAAUUAGUACUAUGUUUAGAUGAUUGAUUUUAUUGUCACAUAUGCGUUAUCAUUUGUAAAUAUGUACAGCUAAAUGAUGUCUUAAACCAAAUAAAGCUUCAUUUUAAAUGUU